AUGGUCGAUUCGAUGGAUAUGGCAAACUCGUCGCAGAAUACGUUCCGACGGAGGACAAUGGCCACAAGUGAAAUGAGAGAGUUCUUAUCAACAAAAGACGCAGAGCCGAACAACUUCGGAAUGCAGACUAUACCAGAAUCACCGACUCCUAGCACACCAACUAGAAGGAUGUCAAUUGGAGAUUCAACCAGAAUUUAUGAUUGGGAAGAACCUCGGUUCAACAUUCAGGGAUUUGUUGUUGACUAUUUCACAUAUCGCAUAGCACAAAAUGGUCUAGAUUGGUAUGAUGCGCCUGCAUUACCCGAUGGAGUUCAAAAAGAGCAUGAGAUGAUGCGAUCAUUGGGAACGAUUUUCGAAAAAAGACACAUGGAGAUGUUCGAAAACUUCUCUGAACAACUACUUGCAGUUCCAAAAAUAAGUUUUUCAUUGUACCAAGAAGUGGUGCAGACUGUUGGAAAUUCAUCAAACACACCGUGUCCAAUGUCUUACGGACGUUUGAUAGGUCUAAUUUCCUUCGGAGGAAUGGUUGCUGCCAAAAUGAUGGAGUCUGCUGAGCUACAAGGGCAAGUGCGAAACCUUCUUAUGUACACAUCGCUGUUCAUCAAAACGAGAAUCCGACAGUCGUGGAAAGAACACAAUCGUAGCUGGGCGGAUUUCAUGAAGCUCGGACAACAAAUGAAAGAAGACUACGAAAAAGAAAAGGACGCUGAAGAAGGGAAACGGCUCAAGAGUUGGUCCAUCAUCGGAGCCAGCGUCAUCGCAGUGAUUGUGUGUGGUCGGAUAAUAUUCAGCUUCAAGUAG